GACUUCCUCCGAAAUAUUCCCUCCAAACUCCUGUCGGCUGACCUCUAUGAGAAGUGGAUGCAAGCUCUGGAGAAGCCAAGCAAGCAGGAACAAAUUGAAGAAUUGAAAGAGGUGGCUGAGAAACUGCCUAGACCAAACCUCGUCUUGCUCAAGCACUUGCUGUCUCUGCUCCACCACAUCAGCCAAAACGCCGAGACCAACAGGAUGGACUCCAGCAAUCUGGCCAUCUGCGUCGGCCCAAAUAUGCUGAGCCCAGAGACGGACAACGCGCUCCCGCUGGAAGUGCAGAAGGAGAUGAAUGACAAGGUGUGUUGA